AGUAGUAUAAUUGUGAAAAAAGAGGAGAGCGUCCAUCAGAAGCAUUAAGGUUCGUUCGGAGAAGCGUCCGUCGCUACGUGAGGCAUUGGCAGCCAUCGUUUGGAGUCGAUGGUAACUUCGUAGCUUAAGCUCGUGGGCCAAUUAGAAGUCUCGGUGCAUACCGUCAAUCAGUAGUUUUAUAUAUGUAUAGUGGCUGUCGAGAGAAAUAUAGUAGCAGCCAUCUUAUAUUUUGUGUUGGAGAAAAACACUAUUUAAACAAAUGUUCCGCGAUACACCGUGAGAGCGAUCGGCGUGAGGCGUGCGCUAGAUGAGGCGUAGCUUUUUUAACACUAGCCUGGACCACUACGAUAGCAAAGGUGGAUUGGUACGCAGGAUAUGAGCAGCUUGUCAAGCGCAACCUGACUCUGCUCCCUCAUCAGCAAGCCGCGCAGCAACAGGAACAGCAGCAGCUGGCCCAGCCGCAGCAGGCCGACAUCAUGACGUCCAUGUUCGAGCAACAGAUCAAGAGCGAGCCAAUGGGUUUUUACUCAGUAGCCUCAAGUCGCUCCGAUGGUUCCAACUCCAUGGUGAACCUCUCUGAUGACCGAGAGGACCUUUCGCAGCAGGAGGGUCAUCUACAGCCACAGCAGCAGCAGGGAAUGCAGCCUCAUCAGCAGCAAGCGCAGCAGCAAAACCAGCAGCAGACUCAAAGUCAGCAGCAAGGUCAGAAUGUACAGCAGACUACGCCAACACGUCAGUCUACAGGGCAGCAGACAGUAAAAGAGGGCUCACGCUCUAAGCCGCAGGCUUGUAAAGUCUGUGGGAAGGUACUGUCCUCCGCAUCAUCAUAUUAUGUUCACAUGAAGCUGCACUCUGGCAACAAGCCAUACCAUUGUACGGUCUGUGAGGCAAGCUUCUGUCGCAAGCCAUAUUUGGAAGUUCACAUGCGAACACAUACUGGUGAACGACCGUUCCAGUGCGAGUUGUGCUUGAAAAGAUUCACACAGAAGAGUAGUUUGAACACCCACAAGCGUGUGCACACAGGUGAGCGGCCGUACGCUUGUGACAUAUGUCAAAAGCGUUUUGCUGUCAAGAGCUACGUAACUGCACAUCGUUGGAGCCAUGUCGCAGAGAAACCUCUAGUCUGCGACAGAUGUUCCCUGACCUUCACCUCCAAGAGCCAGUUUGCGAUUCACAUUCGCACACACACCGCAAGCACCACCUAUGAGUGCAACAUCUGUGGCCGUACCUUCGUGCGGGACAGCUAUCUCAUACGACACCAGAACCGGGUCCAUCGUGACAUGAAUCAGGCAAGUUCCAAUCACAAUCCAGCAACUCCCCAGAGUACUGGUGGCGGCACACCAGGUACCGGCUUCGAGAGUCCUGUGUGCGACCUGCGCUAUAGUGAGGGUCCCUCGUCUCUCGAUGGCCUUGGUGGCGGCAAGGGCGGCAUCGCCGCUGAAAUCGCCAGCCUCGCCAAGCAGAACAGUCUACAACUUCCUCUUCCUCUGCUACAUCCGCAGACUACCAACUAGUGUUUAGACGGGAGCGUCUCUCAGUCCCUACACCAGUUACACCAGUCUUCGCAGCAAGUAGUAUGUCCCCCCUCGGCUUCGACAACGUCGCCGUACACACUUAACUCACCCGUGUCGCACGAGCAGCACGCCACUACCGCCGUCACCACCUCCACUACGCAAAGUGUCUACCAAACGACAGGGUCUGCUACCCUCGACAGCCCCGAGUCCCAUCUCUAUCCGCAUAUGCCAUCAGCGGAGUCAUCGGGUUCUCAUCACCUUCAUCAUCACCACCACCAUCAUCAAUUGCAUCGCAGCAUAGCGCCGCCAGGACUUCACCCUGCGCUUUACUUCUACGCUCAGUACACCAAUGGAAACUCUUCGCUAUCCUAUUCUGAGUAUAUGCAGCGCAACAAUUAACGCUAGGGUAUAAAGGACAGACAAACUUUACCUACUAGAUUCAAAACACACAAAGACACACACCCAUGCCUCACAAUAACGCGAUAAUACGUGUCGUUGGUGUAUUUUCUUUUUCAUUCUUCACCAAAUUCGGUAUACUCUUCCAUGCUAAUCAUUUCUUUACCAUUAUCCAUAUGGUUAUCUUAUCUCAGUCACUCUUCCUAAUCGCAUAAAUAUACGGUGGCAUUCAAACUAUUGUUCCGACUGAAGUUGGCUUUGCUACGAAAAUUGAAUAAACAGACUAAUUUCAGUUGAUGCAGUAGUCUGAAUAACUCUAUACACGUGCAUGCAUAUAUCCAUAAUUUUUAUUUAAUCCUUCACAAACGAUCGAUCACUCGAUCAAUUGAUUCUUCCAGUUCUUUUCUUCUGUUUCCUUUCGUUCCUUUUUUCUUCUCUUUUCCCUCACACACUCUCAAGUCAUGAUACGGCCACGUGAUCAAUCGUAUCUUCUCAACGGAUUCUUCUCCCAUUCAUUACAAAACAGCAGCACCAGUUUUCUUUUGAUACAUUCUCCUUUACAUUCAAAUCGUGUUCAGCAAUCAAUGCACGAGGCCAUGCGAGCAUCACGCCCUAUUUAUAUUAUAUUUUUAAAGGAGUUUAGUCACUUGGAUCUGUGAUAUAGAUAGUAAUUAUUCUCUACAACGUUUAAAAGAAAAGGAAAACAAAAAAGAUUAUUGAUUUAUGAUUUUUCAAUAUCAAACGACAACAAAAAUAUGGAGUAAAAGAACAAAAAGCAAUUUCACUUGAACGAUGUACGUAGCUACAACAUUAUUGAAUUUAUUGACGAGUAUCUUUGGUCUCUACCGAAGGUGUUUGGUAGACACCCUACUACUAACGCUACUCUAUUGCUACUAUUACUAUUACUAAUCUAUUACUACUAUUACCAUACAACAACUAUUAUUACUAUUACCAUAGUGUACUGCAAGUACUACUAGUACUAUACUAUUAACUAUUUAACUCUACUAUUACCACCCACUACCCGUUACUAUUAUUCAAUGCUACUAACCACGAUAAAAGCCAACACCAACGUCACUAUUCACUAUCACAGUCGUUACUAUAAUCAGUAUCGGCAUACCCCUCCUCCUCGACACUCACUACUAUAUAUUAUAUAGCUGACAAAAAUUACUAUUAUUAGUAACAAAAAAAAAACUUAAGAAACACACUAAUUUUCAUCUAUACAUCUAUACUAUACAACUAGCUCCAUGUUAAGUCGGUCCAAAUUCCUGGACAAUACCAGAAGUUACACACAAGUAACGUUACAGAGCUCCUGGUUUCAAUUUUGCUUUUCUUACAUGCUUUAAAUAACUCUCUUUCUUUCUCUUAUCCAGAAAUACUACGUCUCUCGCACCUCCUUUCAAAUAUUUCUCUUAUAAGUCUUCUCUCUCAUCUCUUCUCUCUGUAAUCCUCUUUUAGUCUCAAUCACUGCAAUUCGUUUCAUCACUGCUGUGUGCACCACCGAGUAUCGCAUCGAGAAUUAACGAUAAAUAGACACAUAUAUAUAAUAUAUAUGUAUCUAUCACGUGUGUAUAUAUCAUAUAUAUGUAUGCGCCUGUCACGAGAUUUUAUAGCUAGGUACAUUCUAUUAUGCAGCUUGAAAAAAAAUCUGUUCCAUAGGUGUACUUACUUUUCACAUAUCGAAAACUGUACUCUGUAUACAGACUUGUAUAUAAUAUCUAUUAUUAGAGUGUAAUAGCAGGGCUGUUAUUUUGAACACUACUAGAAUUAGUUUUAGCGUUACUAACAUAACAUAACACAUGUACGCGCGUAUUAUAGAUGCAUGCAGAGACGCGCACGUAUAUGCAUACGUAUAUAUAUAUAUAUAUAUAUAUAUAUAUAUAUAUAUAUGUAUGUAUAUGUAUAUAUAUGGAUACAUAUAACAGAUGUACACCAAGAACAUACUGACACUCGCUCGCGUAGGACACUGAAUAAACAAACUAGGGAAGAAGGAAAAGAUUAUGAAAAAGGGAAACAUAUUGCUGAUUGGAAGGAUCCGCAAAACGGGAUUAACCAUGACACAAGAACGUGACUAUAAUAUGUAUACAUAUUAUUAAUGCGGUUAAGUAAAAGAAGAAAUAAAAAAAAUGCGAGAUCUACCAUGGUUAAAUUUUUGGUAGUGAGUCAACUUAUGAGGGACUCGUUAAUUAUUUGUUCAUACGCGAUUCGACUAAGCUAUAAAUAUAUAUACAUACAUACAUAACAUAAAUACAAAGUAUAAAUAUAAAUUUGUAUUAGCGUGCCUCAAACCGUUAGGUCUGUGUUUUCGGUAAUUUAGUUGCAAAAAUAAUGAAAACUGCGUGCGUAUGCCUGGGGCUUUGAAUUCCAUGGGAGAAUGGAGUCAUCUGGGAAGACUGAUUAUCAUAAAGGGUUCUAGGGGGUUGUAACUAAACUAAAAAAAAAAAAUAGAAGCAAAAACGAUUAAUUAAAAAAAAACUAAGUAAACGACGAGAAAUUAAUAAAAAAACGCAAAU